AUGACAUCCGUUGAAGUCAUUUCGGGGGUGGGUACCUAGGCGGAGGAGACUCCCGUGCAGAAUCACUUACUAACCUCCUGUUUGUCAUACGAACCAGAUGGAAAAGGAACACGACGAGGUACGCGUUCUAUGCUUUGGAACGAAGAGUUGUGGACCGAGGAGGAACGUGCGCAGGUCGAUGCGAUCUGGAAAGCGAGGGAAGGGUGA